AUGGCAUUCACUCACGGCGCUCUUUCCGAGGAGGAGGAGGAGGUGGUCCUCAUGGAGAAGCCCCGUGCUCCCAAGGGACGUUGGUACAUGGCAGGUGCUGCCGUGGCGACACUGGCUCUGGUGGGCGUUGUGGCGAAGGCUUGCCAGCUGGUGUCCCACUCCUCGCUCUCCAAGUCCAAGACGCUGGAUGAGAUCGAGAACUGGGAGGAGCUUCCAGGAAUGGACCAGGCGCUGGGUGUCGUAGUCAUCCACAAGGCCCAGGCCCUGAAGAUGGACAAGCCCUUGCGCAACCUGCAGGACCUGUUCUACGAUUCCCAGCCGGAGGAACUCCCGUGGAUCCGUACAGAGUGCGUGAUCGACACCGUCCAGGCUGCCGCCUACCUUGCCCAAGCCGUCGUGUUCCUGUACAAGGCCAUCGAUUACGACGGCCUGGAGUGCCCCAACAACUCCCCGGUGGGCUGCGCUGCCAGUGUGGCCGGCUUCAUCACCUCCAUCACCUGGAUUGCCUCCUACCUGUCUUUCGCGGCGAACGCCUGCGGCCAGGCCGUGAACAACGGAGCGCUCUGUGCAGGUGACUUCACCGCCUUGAUGGCCAACUUUGGUGAGAUUGCCACCGUGGGCGCCGCCGCCAGAGCUGAUUGCAACUUCGGCAAGAACGCCCUCCAGAUCCUCACGAGGACGGAGACCAUCUCCCCUCCGUGGAAGGAGUUCGUCCCUGCUGGGGCUUCGCCAGCUGUGGAGAAGGCCCUGAAGGUGAAGGGGCACAAGGACCAGCAGCGCAACCGCGACUACGACAUCGUCCAGUGCACGGCGGACAUCACCAACUCUGUCUCCUACAUCGUGCGAGCGAUCCUUCAGAUCCGCGCCGCGGGCAGCGCCUGCGCCGACCCGAAGUCAUGCGCUGUCGGCAUCAUGAACAUCAUCUCCUCUUUCGCAUGGAUCUCUCAGUUCACGGCAUUGGCGGUGUCGGACUGCCAGGUGGGGGCCGACCAGAAGGCCCUGUGCACCGCCGACAUCUCCGACAUGGUGGCCGCCCUGACCAACGGACCGGCCGCCGGCAUCGCCUCCACCUCGGCGUUGCUGCCCGUAGACUGGAUUUCGGCCCGUGUCCUUUCCUCGGUUUCCCACUUGGCCAUGGCACUGACUCACGGCGCGCUCUCGGAGGAAGAGGUGGUCCUCGUGGAGAAGCCCCGUGCACCCAAGGGACGUUGGUACAUGGCAGGCGCCGCCGUUGCGACCUUGGCGCUUGUGGGCGUCGUGGCAAAGGUGUCCCACUCCUCGCUCUCCAAGUCCAAGACGCUGGAUGAGAUCGAGAACUGGGAGGAGCUUCCAGGAAUGGACCAGGUCAUCCACAAGGCCCAGGCCCUGAAGAUGGACAAGCCCUUGCGCAACCUGCAGGACCUGUUCUACGAUUCCCAGCCGGAGGAACUCCCGUGGAUCCGUACAGAGUGCGUGAUCGACACCGUCCAGGCUGCAGCCUACCUUGCCCAAGCCGUUGUGUUCCUGUACAAGGCCAUCGAUUACGACGGCCUGGAGUGCCCCAACAACUCCCCGGUGGGCUGCGCUGCCAGUGUGGCCGGCUUCAUCACCUCCAUCACCUGGAUUGCCUCCUACCUGUCCUUCGCGGCGAACGCCUGCGGCCAGGCCGUGAACAACGGAGCGCUCUGCGCAGGUGACUUCACCGCCUUGAUGGCCAACUUUGGUGAGAUUGCCACCGUGGGCGCCGCCGCCAGAGCUGAUUGCAACUUCGGCAAGAACGCCCUCCAGAUCCUCACGAGGACGGAGACCAUCUCCCCUCCGUGGAAGGAGUUCGUCCCUGCUGGCGCAUCGCCAGCUGUGGAGAAGGCCCUGAAGGUGAAGGGGCACAAAGACCAGCAGCGCAACCGCGACUACGACAUCGUCCAGUGCACAGCGGACAUCACCAACUCUGUCUCCUACAUCGUGCGAGCGAUCCUUCAGAUCCGCGCCGCGGGCAGCGCCUGCGCCGACCCGAAGUCAUGCGCUGUCGGCAUCAUGAACAUCAUCUCCUCUUUCGCAUGGAUCUCUCAGUUCACGGCAUUGGCGGUGUCGGACUGCCAGGUGGGGGCCGACCAGAAGGCCCUGUGCACCGCCGACAUCUCCGACAUGGUGGCCGCCCUGACCAACGGACCGGCCGCCGGCAUCGCCUCCACCUCGGACUGCGCCGACCUCUAA